AUGCCCUCCAACGACGGGGACAUCGAAAAGCCUCAGGUAGAGGAAGUCACCACGAGCGAGAAAAUCGACCUCGAUCGCCUGGGCGAGCAGGAGGGCUACAUCCUAGAUGCGCAGGCCUUCCGCGAGGGCCACCACGCCACCGACCUCAAGCUCGCUGCUGACGGCAAGACGGUUCUCAUCCCCCAGCCCAACGAGGACCCCAACGAUCCGCUCAACUGGAGCCAGGCGCGCAAGCAUGCCAUUCUGUUCAUCAUUUCUUGCUGCGCAUUCCUACCCGACUAUGGCAGUGCCACAGGCGCCGUCACGCUCCUCGCCCAGGCGCAGAUCUGGGGCAUGACGGAGGACGAGGUCAACCACUCGCAGGCCGGCAAUGUCUUCAUGCUGGGCGCCGGCGGGCUGUUUGUCACCGUCUUCAGUGCAUAUUUCGGCCGUCUGCCGGUGCUUUUUUGGUUUCUGGUUUUCGCGCUGUGGACGGCUGCCUGGUGCGCUGGCGCAGCGGGCUUCAAUGACUUUAUGGCUGCGCGUAUUCUCAACGGCUUCUUUUCGACUGUUGCCCAGGCGGGGGGUCUGAUGUUCAUCAAAGAUAUAUUCUUCUUCCACGAGCAUGCCCGAAAAAUCAACAUCUGGUCCUCCUUCGUCAUCCUCUCCCCCUACGUCGGCCCACUGCUUGCCGCCUUCAUGAUGACCUCGCUCGAAUGGCAAUGGCCGUUCGGAAUCUACACCAUCGAGACGGGUCUGUGUCUGAUUGCCGUCAUCCUCUUCAUGGACGAGACCUACUACAACCGCCGCAUCCCCAUCGAGCAGCAGCCAGAACGGCGCUCGCGGCUCCUGCGUCUGAUCGGUGUCGAGCAAUGGCGGUCCCGCAGCCAGCGAAGCACGUUCCCUAAAGCAGUGAUGCGGCUGGUCAAGGUAGCGAGUAAACCGACCGUCGUUCUGAGCUGGUUCUACUACAUGGUGACCUUUGCGUGGGUGGUGGGUAUCAACACGACGCUGUCGAUUUUCGUGACGAAGCUGUAUGGCUUUGGGACCAAGCAGAUCGGCUUCUUCUACUUCACCCCCGUCAUCGCCGCCAUCCUAGGCGAGAUCGUCGGCCACUGGCUGCAUGACUUCGUCGCCAUGAUGUACAUGCGCCAGCACUCCGGGCGUCUAGAGCCCGAGGCACGGCUGCGCGCGAUCUGGGUCUCGACGCCAUUCAUCCUGGCGGGGCUAAUCCUGAUCGGAUUCUGCCUGGAACGGGACUACCACUACAUGAUCACGGCGCUGGCCUGGGGGCUGUACGUGUUCGGCGUGAUGAUCACCACUGUCGCUGUCAACGCGUACAAUCUUGACUCCUACCCGGAGGGGUCGGGCGAGGUGGCCGUGCUGGUCAAUUUCGGCCGCACAACCGGCGGUUUCAUCGUCAGCUACUUCCAGGUGACGUGGGCGACGGCGAUGGGGACAGAGAAGAGUUUUGGCACGCAGGCGGCCAUUUGUGCAGCCGUCUUUCUGCUUAUCGUGUUCCUGCAGAUAUAUGGAAAGAAACUUCGCCAGUGGGCAGGCCCGUUGCGGUUCAAGACUGAUUGA